GUACUGUGACGGUUUCAACUUCAUUCCACGUAACAAAUAUGAUUUUUGAUGGCAAUUCCGCUGAGGUCAAUGCAUUUAGAGCAAGGUUACCAUUGCAUGUUGAUGAUGGGGGUCCAGUGGGUGGUCUCAUGCUAGCUGGGGUGGAUGAUGAUGAUCACGGGGUUAUGUCUAUAACCACAAUUAGAAAUCUAUUGGAGACAACUAAGCCUGGGCCAUAUUGGAUUGUUGGUGAAAUAGCAUCUCUAGAAAAUGUUGCUGAUUGGUGUUAUUUGGGAUGUACUGAUUGCAACAAGAAAGUAAUCCCCGAUGGCGAGAGUUUCAGGUGUUCCGGAUGUCGCAUUACUAUUCCUCAUGGAGUUUACAAGUUCAAAGUUAAUGUUCGUGUUUACGACUCAACCGGUCAUGCCUCAUUCAUUCUUUGGGACAAAGAAUGCAAGAAUGUCUUGGGUGCAAGUGCCUUCUUAUUGAGAGAGAUUAUGCUAGAGAGAAACAUGGAUCCGAAUUUGCUCCCAACCGAAUUGAAUCGCUUCCUUGGACAGAAGUGUUUGUUUAACGUUCUCUUGAAACCAGAUGUCGGUAGUCCACAUUGGACAGGGCCAAGAGCUUUUGGUGUUAGAUCUUUGGUCACUGACCCGAAGAUCUUGAAAAACUAUGAACAUGUUGCAUUUGUGGAGGACAAGGAAUCCGAGGAAGAAAGUGAAG